UGCGCGGCGCCCCUGCCUCUGGAGGCUGCAGCAACGCAGAAGAGCCAGGCGGCUGUGCUCCGUGCUCGCGGACAGGCCCUGCUGUCCCGCGCCUCGCCCCACCUUCUGAGGCACCGGCGCGCGGGGGGCGGGGUGGGGGGGAUCCCGGACCAGUCCUGCGCACUUCAUUGCGACCCCCCCGGGGGCUGUGAUGCUGAGCAGGGGGCUGUGAGAGGCGGACAUGCAGUGAAUGACCCGGCUCCCAAGUCACAACCUGGGGUCUUCGGGAGAGUCCAGGACAGCGGGGGCUGCGGGGUUCCAGGAAGCGGGGAUCUGUGACUCUUGGGGGCCCAGCGCCCCUGUAGCUAAGGCCCAGAGCGAGCACCACUGGAGGGCCACCUGGGCAGUGAGAAUUUCAGCGGCGGCGCGUCGGGGGCGCAGCAGGACCCGGGGAGGGCGGAAAGCUGACCCCAGGGCGGGGUCUGGGGAGGUGGCUCCCCCAGGGCUGGUGGGGGAGGGGGCUCGGCCGCGAAGCGCACCCUGGGCUCCAGCCACGACGGCAUUUAAAGGGAGGAGGGCGGGACCUGGCUGUCUGCAAUCUGGCGCUGCUGGCAGCUGGGCCAUGGGGUGCCCAUGAACUUCGGUGCGGAGCCGCCGGCCCCAGCGUGGGAGACGCCGGACAUGGCUGCGUACCGUGACGGCCUGGGCACCUGCUCGGCCCCGCACCGCCAGGUUCCGGCCGCCGCGCAUCCCCAAGGCUACGCGAGCGGGGAUCUGGGCGCAGCCGGCAACUGCCAGAGACUGUGGGGGAGCCCUGAGCUCAGGCCCGCUGGCUACGCGGCGGGGCCCUGCCCAGCGCCGCCCUGUGCGGCGGGGCCCCCGCUGCUGGGCCCCCCGGGAGGCCUGGCGGGCGCGGACCUCGCGUGGCUGGGCCUCUCGGGCCAGCAGGAGCUGCUGAGGCUGGUGCGGCCGCCCUACUCCUACUCGGCGCUCAUCGCCAUGGCCAUCCAGAGCGCGCCGCUGCGCAAGCUGACGCUCAGCCAGAUCUACCAGUACGUGGCGGGUCACUUCCCCUUCUACAAGCGCAGCAAGGCGGGCUGGCAGAACUCCAUCCGCCACAACCUGUCGCUCAACGACUGCUUCAAGAAAGUGCCGCGCGGCCGGAACGACCCAGGUACUGCCGCGCGCGCGCCCGCCCCGUCCAGGACGGCCGGUGCUCAGGGUGGGGGCGGCCUGAGACAGCGUGGUCCCUACCGGCUCAGGUGUGAGCGCUCGCGGCGGGGAGGAGGGGGAGGCUCACCGACAUGGCAGCAGCCAGCUCCGACUUCGCUGGACGUCUGCGCGCUCCCUGGCAGGACAGGCUGGGGAGCUGGGCAGCGGAAUGACCUUGGGAGACCCUGGGCCUCCGUGGCCUUCCCUGUAGACCGCGAGGAAGACAACGCCUCCUGUGCAGGCAAAGGCAAUUACUGGACCCUGGACCCCAACUGCGAGAAGAUGUUUGAUAACGGGAACUUCCGGAGGAGGAGGAAGAGGGGGGAGGCGAGCGCGGCCGCGCCCCUGGGGACCGGGAGCCACGGCGGAGGAGCCUAGGCGUCCGCGCUGGAGCCUCCCGACGCCGCCUCCCCGGACCAGGCGGCCUCGCCCUCUCCGCCCGCGCCCGAAGCCGCCGCCGCCUGCUUCUCUAGCUUCGCUUCGGCCAUGGGCGCGCUGGCCGGAGGCCUUGGCACCUUUCUCAGCGGCCUGGCUGGGGACUUCUCCUUGGAGAGACCGACGGCAGUCGCCGCCCACAGGCCCCAGGUGCCGGGUCCCUAGCGGGGCUUCUCUCCUGGCCACCAGACGACGGCCACCGGCUUCCGCGUGGGCCACCUCGUCUGCAGCCGGGAAGGGACCCUCGUUUGAAGGGAGGCUGGGGUUUGCCCACGUGCAGUGUCCGGAGGUGACAGCCGGCGUGGCGGAGCGCGGAGCUCCGGGACCCCCGGGGAGCAGAGCUGAGUGGCGACUCUGGCCGGUGGUCCACAAGGCGAGCGCCCGUGGCCCAGCGAGCGGUCGUCUGCGCCGGCUGCAAAGUGCGCCCAGCCCGCCAGAGCUCUUCAGCGAUCCAGCUCGGAGGGCGACGCUGCCGCCCAGCCCCCACGUUGCCGGGGCGCCCGGUCCAUCCGCAGUGCCUCGCGCUCGCCAGGGAUGAUGGCUGCAGGAGCGCCCUGGCGGGCCGCCCGGUGCCCCAGAGAGGCGGCCGGGCUGCGCGGCUCCGAUCCCCUCUCUCCAAGACUGUGCUGUGAGAGCAGCCUGGGACGGCUGGGACUGGGUCGGGGACAGAGGGCCGGCACUACCUGAUGGGGGCGGAAGGGCUGCAUCAGCAGGAGCUAUCCCUGGGAAUACCAGCCCCCUUCCCUGUCAGUUCCAGACCCUGUCCCUGCGGGCCCCAGCGGCCCCGCCCACAAGGGCUGAGCCUGGCACCUGGGAGUCUGAGAAGGCUCGGGUUUGUGCCUCACAGGCAGACACACCUGAGCCAGGCGGUGGCCGCACCUGUUUUGGCGUCUCUCCCCUCCCCCACUCUGCGCCAGCGCCUCCUGUGUGAGUUUACCCCUGGUCCCACAGACGUUUGCAUUUACUGGGAAGGGGCUGGCACUGCAAGGAACAGGGAUUUUGGCCUCUCUGCUCCCCAAGGCCCUGGGGCCGAGUGUCUGUGUGGCAUCUGGGACUCCCCUGACAUGAGGGAAUUCAGUGUGCGCCACCAUCUCCCACACUGCAGAGUGGCCAGGCACCCUCCAGGGAGGAGCCAGGACACCGGGAACUUGGUGUCGCACACACCAGUGUCCCAGCCCUCCACCGGGCAAGGUCUUCCCUGGUGACCUCUCAGUCUGCCCACUGGGCCCACGGCCUUGCUGCUUCUGGGCAUGAGCCCAGCGCUCCUGAGUGUCCCAGGAUGAGGGGUGUGUGAGAGACAGAGAUCAUGGGGGAGGGAGGCGGGGGAGCCAGGGAGGGUGAAAGACAGACGCGCACACAAGUGUGACUAGAACACACCGAGGCCGGGGUGAACGUGGCUCGCGUCGUUCACACGCUGGUGCCUGUGGCUCCUAACUCUUCUGCUGCCGGCCACGCGGGGCGAGCAGGGUGCCGGUUUGUGGGGUCACCCCGUUGCUGAGCGAGCACACAACCCCUCUACAAUCUCUCUCCAGGAAUCACCUCCCCAGUCUGAAAUGCAAUUAAAGAGAGCCAGCAGGAAAAGCAAAUUCACAGCUUUCUUGAGCCUAUUUUAACGGAGUAAAAUGCGGACAAAUAGGCAUGAGUGCAGGUGGCUUGCGUGCACAGGCUGUUCCGUACCAGCAAUCCCGCCAGCACCUGCAGUGUAGACUCUGCAUUUGCAGGGAACUUGAACAGAGGCCUUUAAAAAAUUUGACAGCAGUGGGAAAAUACAACGUGCGACCUGUCAGUGACGUCGCCAGAAAGUUGGCUGAGAAACACACGUGACACACGUGACGUGUCGUAGCUCCACGACCGAGAGAAGUUGGUGAGAAGCUGCCUUCUUCCGUGUUGCAGGUUGUUGUUAAAACUCAGGAAAAUAUUUGUAAUGAUGUUUUUCAGCUUUGGGGUUGCUUGCCUAGCAAUCGCUUUUCGCUGUUUGAGAGCUGUCCAUUCAUUCACAACUUUAAAGCAUUGGUUAUUACUGUGCUGAUCAAACAGACAACCUUCCUGAGAAAAACAUGGCUCAGAAUAACUCAGGCAGGGCUGGGUCUGUGCAGUGACAGGUGCAGUGACAGGUGCAGCGACAGGUGCAGUGACAGCUGGAACCGAAUCCUCCCCUCCUCCACAACGGUCCACGUGUCUGGAUCGGUCAGAGGUCAACGGACAUCCCGGGGCCAAAAUGCAGCUCCUGGGCCCCGGGCACAGUGAGCCUCACUCUCGUUAGCCCAAAGAAUCAUUUCCCAAUACUGUCUGUGGGCCGGCGCUCGGGGAACCUGACCACAGCCCCGCCAGGCUGCUUGUGGGCCAUGCAGGACCGACUCCUGCUCAGGCCCGGCCACUGCAGCAAAGAGGCCAGGGCGGACAUCCCACUGCGGCCCUCAGCUUCCAGCUGGGUCACAGCUCUGGCCCUUUGGUGCCUUGGAGAUCUCGCUGGCUGCAGAAAGUUCCGUGGAAGGCGUCCUGUGUGUGGUAUCGGCCUGUGCUGGCUCGCCAGGCGAGUGCCUGAUUCUCACUGUGACUGGAGAGCACGGUGGCCCCGGAGAGUGUCAAACACGUUUCAGAUUCGGAGGGGAAGGGCAGUUAAAAAUGGGCGCCUCUCCGUUUAUUCGGAAUGACUUCCACUGCCAAGGAACAUGGGUAAUUUGCAGGUGACUGAAAAAGCGUAACAAUGAAAUACUCUGUUCUCCCCAGAACCCUGCCAGCCGCUGGGUGAGGGAUUCCCAAGCUGAAAACUGGGGAUUCGUUACAGCAUUUGUGAAAGGGUUGGAAAGGCCUUGAGAAGUGAUCACCGGAUUCACUCUGUGUUUCACAUGUUGAUUAAGCCUUCAGCGUGUUUGCUCUUUGGUAAGGCUGCUCAGGCAUAUGAAUCAACUUUUAAUCUUUAAUUUCCUAAAACAUAUUCUCUUUAAUCAAAUGGCAUUUUUCACCCAGAAAAAUAACUUUGUGAAUUAUUAUAACUACCACGCCAGUAAUGCAGGAAUCUGAAACAUCCCCGUUUUGCAGGUAGAAAAGCUGAGGCAAAUGAGCUUAUCUGAUGGGAGCUCAAAGAGCUCCUGAUAUACGUGCAAACUUUGUAUGGCCCGUAUUUAGAAAUGCACACACAUACAUACACACACACACUCAAAUGAACACCCCAUACAUGGACACACACGCCACGGAGCCCUGUCUUGCAAUGAGUCUCAGGGAGAAGGUGUAGAUUACAGCCAUGCCCUUGAUACCUAAGGCAUCGUAUUUUCAAGCAAUUACAGUGAGACUAUCACAUAUGUGCUUCAGAUUUGACUUCAGUGGACAGGAACAUGUGGAGGCAUCAUCGCAUGCAAUAGAGGUUGAGUCACUUACACCCCAAGACAAUGUGGUUCAUUUAAUAAAUAGUCUUUCAGUGCCGAAUGUGUACGUGGCUUUAUGUUCAGUCUUGCCGUGACCAACCUGGGCCCAUGGCUCCCGUCACAGAACCUCCUUCUGGCGGUCAAGAUAAAUGCACCAGCUCCUGCAGGCCGGCCCAUGCCUGUCUGGCCCCUGACUGAUGACCUCACGGCCAAGUUAUUUGUCAACAUGCAAGUACCAGAUCGUGUCCUUUGAAUGCACCUCACUCCGCCAGCUCAGGAAGUGUUCGGUCCUCAGGUUUGCGCCUCCACUGUGGUCUGAGCAGGGAGAGAGGCGCUGCCUGGGCUGGAGCAGGUCCAACCUACUGGCUUCUGCGGAGCCCCAACCUAAGCUCCCCUGUUUAGAUCUGUCACCUGGUGGGACAGGAGAUGCAGCAAAUGUGAGCAGGGCUGGCCUCCCCUAGGGCUUCCUUUGUGCCUUUCUCCAAUCUGUGCUUGCAUUGGUGAGAACUCUUCUUUUUUUAAAGAUUUAUUUAUUUAUUUGAACGUCAGAGUUACACAACGAAAAAAGAGGCAGAGAGAGAAAAAGAGAGAGACAGAGAGAGAGAGAGAGAGAGAGAGGUCUUCCAUCCACUGGUUCACUCCCCAGUUGGCCAUAAUAGCCAGAGCUGCACCAGGAGCCAGGAGCUUCUUCCAGGUCUCCAAUGUGGGUGCAGGGACCCAAGGACUUGGGCCAUCUUCUACUGCUUUCCCAGGCCAUAGCAAAGAGCUGGAUUGGAAGUGGAGCAGCCAGGACUCGAACCAGUGCCCAUAUGGAUGCCAGCAUGCAGGCAGCGGCUUUACCUGCUACACCACAGCACUGGCCCUGAGAACUCUUUAAAAUGUGGGAGAGCAGGUGGGAGGGCAGGUAGGGUUGGAAGAAUCACUAUGUUCCUAAAGUUGUAUUUAUGAAAUGCAUGAAGUUUGUACACUUUAAAUAAAAGGUUUCUUGGGAAUCAAUAAAUAAAUCUGCUACACAUGGAGUCUA